AUGAAUAACUAUAUCCAGGACAGUCCGGCUAAACACUUACGGAAGUCAGAAGCUGCUGUAUGUAGAAUCGUCUGUCUAGAAUGUAAGGCUAAGCUCGAUAGUAAUUUAGAGGGCUUUAAGGUACACGUCCGCGAUAAUGCCUCUGAGUAUAGUUAUCUAACUAGUGAUACCGCUAUUGCAGAUGCUUUUAGAUGGAUCAGCUUAAUAUCUCCGCACACAUCGAUCGCCCCCCAACCAGAAACAAAGCCUAUUUCUUAUGAACAACUGGUGGCCGAAGUGAAGGGGAUCUACGCAGGCCUGGUUAUGAUUGAAACUAAGUGUAUCAAGGUUAAUAAUGCCUAG